AUGAUGCAUCUGGCUGUGUUUACCAGCCACACAGAAGGAACUACCUCCUUUUUAUGCUCUGAAUACUUUCCUUUUCCACAGACAUUCCCACUGGGCCUGGGAGAUGGGCAGUUCUAUGCAUGGACAGAUGGUUUGAGAAGAAAGGACUGGCAUGACUAUGGCAGCAUGCAGAAAGAGGCUAUGCGCUCAGGGAAAGGGGAACAUGGAAAACCUUACCCCCUCACUGAGGAGGACCAUGAUGACUCAGCUUACAGGGAAAAUGGUUUCAAUAUUUUCGUCAGCAACAACAUCGCUCUAGAGAGGUCCCUGCCAGAUAUCCGGCACGCCAACUGUAAGCACAAGAUGUACCUGGAAAGGCUGCCAAACACCAGCAUCAUUAUCCCAUUCCAUAAUGAAGGCUGGACUUCCCUCCUCCGGACCAUACACAGCAUCAUCAACCGGACCCCAGAGAGUCUGAUUGCAGAAAUCAUCCUGGUUGAUGACUUUAGUGAUAGAGGGUCAGCAAGUGAGGUUAAUUCUCUUAUUUUAUCAACAGUGAGUCAGAAGAGGCAGAAAAUGGGGCACGGUGUCUAA